UUCUUUGCUUUCGCUGUCUUCUUCAUGAGCCAAGUGGAAUUAAUUACACGUUUCCUGAGCGACGGCGACGUCACGGAAGAGUCCUCGGAACGCCCGGCUUUGGAGGUCGCGAUCGGGGGCACGGUGUUCUCGCUCGUCACGGUCGCGACGUCUUCGCUCCUCAUUCAUGGGAUCCGCAAGGCGGAGAGGAAAUUGAUGAUCCCGUGGCUCUGCGUCUCCUUCCUCGUGCUGAUCGCCUGGGCGCUGGCCCUCUUCGCCCUCUUCCUCAGGCUCUUCCUCGUCGGCUUCCACUGGAUGCUCUUCGUCGUCCCGAUGGUCGCCUCUCUCUUCGUUCAUCCCGUCGGGAUCCACUUCUUCCUCGUCGUCUAUUCCCAUUUCAAGGACCGUGAUUGA